AUGGGAGAAAAACGUGUUGGCCAUAGCAUCGUACAUGCUUCAUUAAGGGGAUCGGACGAUGCCAAGUCAUGCACACUAAUAAUUACCGAAGGAGAAUCUGCCAAAUCAGUAGCUAUGCUAGGGCGGACUAUGUUGGGGCAAGACAAAUAUGGCGUCCUUGCCCUUUGGGGGAAGAUAAGAAAUGCACGGGGACACAAAGUAAACACGUGUGAGAAAGCUAAAUGUAUCCAGAGUUGUCUUGGGCUAGACGUGGAACAGAAGAACCCAGAUAGGAGUUCGCUAAAAUAUGGUCAAAUAAUGAUAAUGACUGAUCAAGACCACGAUGGUAUGCAUAUCAAGGGGCUUAUAAUAAAUAUGCUCCACAAUUUCUGGCCCUGCUUACUCAAGCUCAAACCACCGUUCAUCUCUGAGUUUGUCACUCCAAUUCUGAAGGUUGAACACAUUACCCUCUCAGAGGAGAAAUUGUUCUGCUCAAUGUCAGAGUAUAGCAUGUGGCAAGCAAGUGCUAAGGAUGAUCUUCUGACCCAAUGGAAAUAG